AUGAACCCAACAUCGUACCAACAUCCAGGUCAGACUGGUCGUGCCACGAUGGGGCAACAAGUUCAGAACCCCGGGAUCUGGGGCUUGGAGCCGCAGACGAAUGCUCUCGGGAACUUCGCGUCUACGGCUCAGCAUAACCUCUAUUCUCAGGCGCCACAACAUGCUGCCCAGCAAGUAGCACAACCUUACUACCCACUUCCAACACCGACUGGGUACUUUGAUGGCCAUAUGCCAAACCUCGGGGGACAGGUACGCACUUCAGUGUCUUUCGUGGUCAAAGGACCUAUGCUGACGAGCUGUACGGUUCCCCAUCUCGAACCCCUGCGCUCACUCCAGUCCCUCCCUGAUCCCUCGCCUUACCGCAUCAGACCAACGUACUCCUACGACACAAGCGACUGGGACUUACGUCAGCUCGCACUGCCCCCUAUCCGCAUCGCGAGUUCGUCCAGGGGAACGGGACUCAAUGUUCCUCAUACACUGGGUCAUCGUAGACAAAUCAUGCCAUUGCCCUCUCGUGCAGCACCUCAGAACAUCGAGCCCAUCACCCACAUCCCAGGCAACCCGCCCGCUGCUGAAGAGUCUAUGACCAUCAACGAGUUUCUGGACUUCCUGGAGCAGAGCUCUAAGAGGGUGGAUCGUGUGCUCGAGAACAUCGGGGACAGCCCAGCGGGCACUUCGUCCACACCCCAAUCCGCCUACCCCACAGCAUCGUCCUCGUCUGGAACGGGAUCUUCCUUCCCCGGCACCCCUCUCGAUCCGAUGCUUCCCCCAGACUCCCUCCGGCACGCUCAGUAUGGCUACGACGAGUAUGACUUCCUGUUCCACCACGUCGAUCUAUCGUCAUUUCUCGACUACCCUCGCUUGGAUCGGUCCAGCAGCAGCAGGGAGCUUAGAUAUGAUGCCGACGGUGCGCUCGCUGAAGGGUGGUCAGCUCCUCCCCCCAAGAGGAAGAGCACCGCGUCAUCUACACAGGGGAGAGAGAAGAGGACCAGAAAGGACGACCCGCAGAAGCCGAUAGGCUCUGACGACUCAACGCGCUCGACCGCACCACAGGUCCAGCACGACAACACAGCAAUAUCGGAAGCAUCCACAAGUCAGGAUGUCCCAACAAGUGACGACGCUUUCCUCUCUCGCUCAGGUGUCAACGCCGGAACAACGACGCCUGCCGAGGAGGAGACUCGAGAGAAGAGGAGGAGUGUGGAGAGGGUGAAGAGGGUGAAGAGAGGGUCGAAGGACGAGCCUCAUUCCUGCAUGCCAGAGAAAUUUGGUCGACAAUACGACUACCGCCGUCAUUUCUGCACCUCACCACACCAUGAAGCGGAGCGCUCUAUCCCUGGCUGGAAACAGCGGCAUGGCAUCCCGGACGAUUUCUCGGACGGACUCGUGUUCUGUCAGUUCGUGGACUGUGAGCUACACCAGCACGGGGUGAGGAAAGACGUCCUGAAGAAACAUUUGUGGAAGCGUCAUCGAAUUGGUGAACCGCCGAGGACCAGGACGAGGACGAGGACGAAGAAGUGUUGA